UUCAUGAGCAUCACUGCUAAAAUCUAUCAUGCGCAGAACAUGUCAAUUCUUUUCUUCGAUGCUUUACAAUGAUCAGAUACUUGAUUGUGAUUAUAUUGUGAUAUAUAAUUGUCAAUCGAUCACGGCAAAUUGUGAAACUAUGAAAAAUUCAAAUUCCAAAUUAUUUUCCGGUCUCUAUAAACCGUGUCAUUCCAGAUGUCAUAUGUAUCUCAAACUAUAACCUAACAUAUAGAAUUUGUAAACAUUGAAAGUACAUAGAACGUGGUCGGCUCUGAUAAGAAAAUUGUCGUGUAAAGCAUUUAAGGAGUCCCUUUAGAAAUGAAAAUAACGAAAUCCACCGUAAUCCUCCUAGUCUUUGUACUAAUGUUAUCGAUAUUUGUAGCAAAUGUUGCUGAUCUGAUCAAUGUUGAUAAUCAUAUACUAGAUGAUACUUUGCAUAACAAGGAUGUGAAAAAAGGAUGGUCAGAGCCAAAAUUUUAUGAUAUUGGAGAAUCUUUUGACCAGCUAAUGUGGUUUUUACAGAUAUCAGAUAUACAUAUAAGCAUAUUUCAAGAUCCAUUUAGAAUAACAGAGCUAAAGGAAUUUUGUAAUGUUACUGUGAGCAGUAUUAAACCUACUGUUGUUCUUGCUUCAGGUGAUCUCACAGAUGCAAAAGCCAAGGAUAAAAUGGGAUCAAAGCAAAUAUUGGAAGAAUGGAAAUAUUAUAAGCGUGUUUUAGAUGAUACUGAAGUUACCAGAAAGACUUUGUGGUUAGAUGUGAGAGGCAAUCAUGAUAAUUUCAAUGUAUUAAGUCUUGAAUCAAAAAAUAAUUAUUAUUCAAACUAUUCUAUUCAAGGACAGAAGCACCCAAGAUCUUAUAUGUAUACCAUAAAUGUUGGUUCAAAAUAUUAUACAUUUAUUGCAAUAGAUGCUUGCUUAAAACCUGGCCCGAGAAGACCAUUCAAUUUUGUUGGCAUGUUAGAUGAGCAUGAAAUUAAAAGUAUAUACAAUUUAGUAGAUAAGUCCAAGGAUAAUAAUGCAGAUUUUAUAAUAUGGUUUGGUCAUUAUCCCACAUCCUGCAUACUAUCACAAACUAAUACCAGCAUUAGAAAUAUCAUAGGCAAACAUAAAGAAAGUAUGGUAUAUCUUUGUGGACAUUAUCAUACGCUUGGCGGAGCAGUACCUAAUAUGUACACUCUACAACGAGGAGGAUUCCUUGAAUUAGAGUUAGCAGAUUGGAAAGAUAACAGAAUGUAUCGUUUAGGAGCAAUUGACCAUGGUCAAUUUUCGUUCAUUGAUGUAAAACACAAAGAAUGGCCUGUAGUACUAAUAACUAAUCCUAAACAUGCUUUGUAUACAAUGCCCAGGAAAGAGAAUAUAAUAUCUGUUAUUAAAUCUACACAUAUUAGGAUAUUGGCAUUCUCGAUAGCGUUAAUAAAGAUUGUCGAGGUUCAGUUAGAUGAUGAACCUUGGUCUGAAUGUGAACAUGUUAAAGGACCACUCUAUGUUUUGAGAUGGAACACCACAGAUUAUAGAAAGGGAAUACAUACUAUUCGAGUAAGGGUUUCCGACAUGGAUGAAAGAGAAGCAACAGUAGUUCAACCAUUUGCUCUUGAUGGAUCACGUUUAUCAUUUCGCGUUUUACCUAGACUUAUACUUAUGUCUAACGUUAGUAAUAUUUUCCAAUUCCUCUUUGGAACAGUAUUAGUUUUAUUAGUAAUCCCAUUGUGUGUACUUCGUUUCCUUCAUAUAUUGUGUGAGAGGAAACAGAUGCAUCGACCAAGAUUCAGAAUACAAUUUUUUUAUUCAUGGGUUAGAAAAUUAUGGAUAUUAUCUACAGUUGAUCGUCUGUUUUUUCCAUUAGUAUUGUAUACAUUAUAUUUAACAGUUGGUCCAUGGGCUGUUGGUGAAGUAAUAGAAAAUCAGACAGGUGUAAUUUUUGCAUGGGGAACAUUUAUUGGAAAAUCUUUCUUACCCGGUGCUUUUACUUAUGCUUACGGAUUUUUCCAAUUAUUUUCUUUUCAUCUACCAUUGAUGCUAAUCUUAGCUAAUAGAGUGGAUAAACGGUUACAAAAUAUUAAACCAAAUGAGAAACCAUUAUCUAAGAUUUGUUUUGUCCUACAAUAUUUACCAAUAAUAUUAUUAAUCAUGAUGCAAACGUGUAUGGCUUAUUUCUUCUGGCUAGCAUAUGGGACAUUGGCUACCAUAUUAUGUCCUUUACGCACUUGGAGUAUAUUUUUAGCAAUCAUGUUGUGGCAUCAAGUAGAUACAAUGCCAUAUUCAUGUCUAAGGUCUGCUGCAAAAGUAUGGUCUCCCCUUGGUUAGUUUAUAGAAAAUAUAACUUACCAUGAAAGUGUAGCAAAUUACCAGUAUUAAUUUUAUAUAGCUGGAAUAUUUUCACGUCCUCACGUACAUAUUAUGUAGUCAAUUUAUAAAAAUAUACAUUUACAUAUAUAUGUAUAUUAGGGAGGCGCCUUGACGAAAUGUAUAGAGUUGCACAUAGUAGGAAGCCCUCCUCAUUUUUUUCAACGCCUACGUAUAUAUGUAUGUAUGUCUAUUUUUAUUUACUUACUUCUGAUAUAUCAAAUUGAAAUAGGCCAUUAUAAAUUUAUUUCUUGUCCAGUAAAUAUGAACUUAAAGUCAUUAUCAUAUAGUGUAUAUCAGAAUUAGCUAUGAUACAUUUCACAAAUCUAGAUUAGUGUAAAAAAUAAAAAUUUUAUUGCUUACGUUAUCAAAAAAAAUUGAAAUAACUGUAAUUGUUAUUUAUAAUCGUACAUUACAAUCAAUAAGUUCCUUUAGAGAAUGCCAAAGAAUUUAUCAACUGGUGGAGUUAUAGCAAAGACUGUUAAUAUUUUUUACACAUUUAAUAUCCGUAAAUUGAUUUUAAUAAUUUGCAUGUGCUCGAAUGUUUUCAAAACAGUAAUUUAAGAACAUGUGUUCUGAAUGACUAAUUUAAAUACUCUCUAACUAUCUCUUACAAUUAAUUUUAAAAUAAUUUCCGUUCAUAACAAUUAUUAACGUGCUUCCAUGUUGUUUUACAGAAGUAUUUGCAUAAAAUAUGUUAUGUAAGGGAUUUAAUUCAAAACAAGAAGAAAAUUUAAUUAUUUAUUUUACGCUACAUAUUAUAUUUUAGCUAAAAAUUAAAUUAAAAGUUUAUCUAUAGAAAUAAGAAAAAGAAACUGCAAUAACAUAUGAUAUUAAAACGUAAUAACAUUAUAUUUUAUAUAUAAUAUAAUAGAAGAAACUGUCUGGCUUUAUUUUAGAGAUAAAUUUUUAAUAAUAACUUAAACAAUAACUUAUAAGUAUUUUUGUUUUAAAAUUUAAUUCAUCAUAUAUUUCUGUGUGUUAAUAUUGCCCAGCCAAACUUUAUCCAUGUAAUAAGAAGCAAAAUUAAUUUAAAAAACUGAAGAUAAUAUAAGUAAAAUUGAUAAUUUUACUAUUUUCAAUUGAUGAAAGGUAUUAUUUUUCCUGAGGUAAAUAGCCCUAAUUCUUUAAUUAUAAAUUUCUUUAAUACCUUUUUAUAUUUUACUCAUAUAAUUAUAUUUUGAUUUAGAUGGUUCAGGCAAAAAGAGAAUGAAACAAUGUGUGGAUAAUUGACAUCUUUUUUAAAAUACAAAUCAAUAUUUCCUUAAAGAAUAGGUUUUAUUGCUAUCCUAUAUUUUUCUACAAACUAUCUAACUGUUAUUGUUCUCAAAUAUGAUCUCAGAACUGUAAAAAUGUGAUCUCAGUAGACCAAUGAUUCCCAAUCAUUAAUAAUUAUGAAUUUCUUCCAUAAAUAUGCCAAUACAUUUUCAGAAAACUUUAAGAAUGUGAUUGAAAGUUCAUUUUUAGUUAUUAUUCAUAAAUGUAUACACAAUAUUAAUUUACAAUAUACCUACAACUUUUUAAUAACUAUAGUGCCUGUUUUCAUGUACUUUUUGGUUUUGUACAAAACAAUUUUCAAAAGUUUAUGAAAUUAAUAAUUAUUGGGAAUCAUAAUUCUUUAUUUUAUGAAGUAUGAGCAUUUAAUGUAUUUUAUAAACUGCUACAAGAAAAAUAAGAAAUAUUAUUUUCAAAUAAUUAAUGCAUAACAUAAAAUAUAUCUUUAAUCACUCGACUGAGUAGUAAUAUAAAAAAUAUGUAAAAUAUAUACUAUGAAGUUUACAACACAAUAACGCAUGUAAGUGUUAAUAAAUGUUAUACAUAGCUUGACUAA